AAAAACAAUUAGAAAAUAAGAUGAAUCGAACUCCUGUUUUCUAUAAAGCAGAAUUCCAGCCUCGAAUAAAAAAAGUUUCAGUUGCCGCGUUGCCGUGUCUCAGCAUUUAAUUGAUGUUUAUUCUAUAAAUAGCAACAGAUGAGAAUUCCCCAUUAUUUCUCCGCCAUCUUGGAUUUACUCCAUCUAUCAAAACAAGUGGCCUGUGGAGAGGUCCUGUUUCGUUUGUAUCCUUCAAGGUACCCAUCCUCCAAACGUGAACUGAUGUGGCUCAGUUGACUGACCACUGGUGUUGGAUGGGAUGCCAUAUGGAGGGGGUCUCUGGCGACCUCUAUGACCUCUGUGACCUUUGAACCCUGCCACGCCAACUGAUGCACUGGGAGAGUUUGUGCCAUCUCAGACUGACCACACCCGACGCGUGCCGUCAUCCUUGAUGACAGUGUUGUCCUGUCCCCUGUGCUCGCUGCUGAGGUCGUUGUUGCCAGGCCACAUUCUACUGGCCACCGUGACGUGACAGCUGACCUGGAUGGGAGAUACGAAGACUGAGAAGAGAGACGUAGGACUGUGGCGCAGAUCAGCCAGAUACAGGAUAAGUCUGCCGAGCUUGGUGCUUUUAAAAAUAUAGAGUUACUCAAAAUUCGUCUGAAUAACCUUUGUGUGAGUCUACACCAGCUUUGUUGGAAUAAAAGCAGAGUUGUGUGUUGGGCAGUCUUGGUACUCACCUGUAUGAAUCUCAACUAUUCCAAGAUGAUCUCAGUUGUUCUAAAGGAUCUGAAGUGUUGACAAGGACUGAGAUGUUGAAUUGUUCUCUCACAGAAAAGUCUACACAUAACAAGGGUCUGUUCCAUUUCAUCUCAGUUAUCAUAAAUUAUUAUCCUCAAGAAUCUCAGGCUCUCACUUCUGAAAAUCCUGAAUUGUGUUGGAAAGGGAAGUCGUAAAACAGGGAGCUUAUUUGAAUCUAAAAUUGGAUCUAUGAGUAGGUUGUGUCGUCGAUACAGUGCAACCAGCAGUCGUGAGUGGUGUGGGAGAGGGAACGAUUCUGAGAGAAAUCUCUGCACCUGAAGGGAAGAAAAAAUAUAUACGAAUUGUACGUGCGUUAGUGUGAAAGUGUAAGUGUGUACAAGCGGACAGUUCUUUGAGAGUAUGGCAUCUUGGGCGACGUGGGCCUGGUCGUCUGGUGGCUGGUGUAGGUGAGGAGGAGGAGGAGGAGGAGGAGGAAGCAGGAUCUCGGAGGAGGGUGUUGGCGAGGCCUCUACCUGCCAGGGUAGCGAGCCAACAUGUCGCUGUUACAGUGGCAGAAACUCAGCCCCUCUGAGUUCCAGCAGUUACAAGAGUACACAUCAUACUCGUCCAAGAAGUUGAAGGAUGUGCUCAAAGAGUUUCAAGGAGAUGGGCUGCUCAGCAAGUACAAUCCGGAGGAGCCCAUCGACUACGCAGGCUUCCAGCUGUUCAUGGAGACGUACCUGGAGGCGGAGAUCCCGGAGGACCUGUGCAAGCACCUGUUCCUCUCCUUCAUGAAGAAGGCGGCCAUGUCCAGCGCUGCGGCGGCGCUGGCCGCGUCCUCGGGUAAGGAUUUCCACGUCAAAGACAUGGCGGUGGUGGCCUCCCAGACCGUCUGUGCCCCCCUGUCCACAGAGCUGCACUACUUUGCCGAGGCCAAGCCCGUGGGGCUCACCGGGCCGGGGGGAGGUUCGAACUCCUCGGCUUCAGCGGACGGCGGUGGAGGGAGCAGGAGUAUCGGCGGCGGGCUGGCGGAGAAGCUCCACGGCUUGACGGAGAAGCUGCACGGGCUGGGACACUCGCGGUCGGACAGCGGCGCUGGGGAUGCUGGGAAGAGGAGUCGGGCAGGCUCAGGAUCGGCAGCCAGUCACCCGUCAGUCGCUGUGGCAGCUGCUUCCUCAUUGGAUAAGAAUCAUCCGGAUGACUCAACCCCUCCUGAUUUGUCCAAUCAUUCGCGGUCUUCAUCCAAAAAGUCCAAUCACAGUAUACAUAGCGUUCACAAUGGCCCCCUUCUGGACGGCAGCGACCCCUGGAUCCGCCAGUCCAACUCCUCCCUACUGCGUACCAACGUAGACCUGAAGGCGGUGCGGAACCGAUCCAUGAGCUUAGAAAUCAAAACUGGCCACAUUUACCUGAAGGACCUGGUCUGUUACCUGUCUUUGCUGGAGGCGGGCCGGCCACAGGAUAAACUGGAGUUUAUGUUCCGCCUCUAUGACACGGAUGGCAAUGGCCUUCUGGACUCUUGUGAGAUAGAGUGUAUUGUGAACCAGAUGAUGUCUGUGGCCGAGUACCUGGGCUGGGACGUCUCAGAGCUCAAACCGAUCUUACAAGACAUGAUGAUCGAGAUCGACUACGAUGCAGACGGAACUGUCUCGCUUGAGGAGUGGAAGCGAGGAGGGAUGACCACCAUUCCUUUGUUGGUUCUACUGGGACUGGACACUGUGAUGAACCACCACUGGGUGGAGGGAAACUGUGCAGGCAAAUGUGACCGAUGCAGAAAGUCCAUCAAGUCCUACAACGGUGUAACCGGCCUCCACUGUCGCUGGUGUCAUGUCACGCUCCACAACAAGUGUGCCAGUCAGAUGAAGCCUGAGUGCGACCUGGGGGAAUACCGGGACCAUGUCCUGCCGCCCAUCGCUGUGUGUCCAGCAGUGUUGUUUAUGACAGACGCGGAGAGCCAUGAGGAUCGUGGCCGAGGAGGCGGUUGCGGUGGAAGCAGCGGUGGUGGCAGCGGCAAGAACACCCUGGAGAAGGAGAAGGACCAGGACAAGGGCGAAGACAGCAAGUCCACCACGCCUCAGUCGGAGAAUGCUCAAUUUGAUGGGCCCGUCAGUCCGGGCCAAAGCUCAUUUCAGAUCACUCCUUUAGAAGGUACUCAUCCCUUAUUGAUAUUCAUCAACCCCAAGAGUGGGGGCAAGCAAGGUGCAAGGUUAUUGCGGAAGUUCCAGUACCUGUUGAAUCCACGUCAGGUGUACAACAUGGUCAAGGAGGGGCCACUCAUCGGGUUGCAGUUUUUCAAAGACGUGCCUAACGCCCGAGUGCUGGUGUGUGGGGGAGAUGGCUCAGUGGGAUGGUUACUUGACAUCAUGUACAAGGUGAACUUUGCUCAACGUCCGCCCGUGUCUGUUCUCCCGCUGGGUACGGGCAACGACCUGGCCCGCUGUCUGUGCUGGGGCGGGGGCUACGAGGGGGAGAACCUGCUCAAAGUGCUCAAGAAAGUGGAAAACUCCAACGUGGUCAUGUUGGACAGAUGGAAGAUAGAGUUUAGCAAACCAGAGGACGAAGAUGAACAGGAAGGGGACCCUAUUCCAUACAACAUCAUCAACAAUUAUUUCUCCAUUGGAGUGGUGAGUGGCCUCUGUGUGUGUGUGCUUUGCUAUGAUAUGGCAUGGUUUCAAUGGCCCUCCAGUCAAGGCCUCCGAAUGGCUGAGGUCUUUUCAGAGAAGUCAUCCUUAUCUCCCCUCCUUUUUUGUGUAUGUUACUCUCUUGUGACCCCUCUAAUCUUAGGCACUUAUAUGACCUUAAUGUGUUGCAAGUGCCGUAAAACACUUACUAAAAUGAAGAACCCAUCACAUAUCUUACGUGUCACAAAACCUUUCAUAUGUCUGUUUAUAUCCCAAAAUCCUGCUUAUAUCUGUGUUGCCAACCUUUUCAUCUAUCUGUUUGUAUCCCCGAACUCUUCACAUGUUUGUUUUUGUGUCCUCCUCAGAAUGAAGAACAAGCUGUGGUACUUUGAGUUCAGCACCUCAGAACAAUUCUUUUCCUCCACUUGCAAAAACCUGCAUGAAGAUAUUGACAUCAUGUGUGAUGGCUGCUCCUUAGACCUGGCUAAUGGUCCAAGCCUGGAAGGCAUUGCUAUUCUCAACAUCCCGUCCAUCUAUGGCGGGACCAACCUGUGGGGGGAGAAUCCCAGCCAGAAGAAAAGGCGCAAGGCUCAGAAGGCCAAGAAGGAGAAGGACAGAGAGUUCUCUACAAGCAGCAUGUCCUCCGCAGAACUGGCUAUAGCAGUGCAGAACGUGGGUGAUGCGAUGAUUGAGGUGGUAGGUCUGGAGAACAUCUUCCAUGUGGGCCAGGUGUAUGCGGGUCUGCGGGCCUCAGGCAAACGGCUAGCUCAGUGCUCGCAGGUGGUCAUCAGAACAAGGAAGAGAUUCCCCAUGCAGAUAGAUGGAGAGCCCUGGAUGCAGCCGCCUUGCACGAUCUACAUCAGCCACAAGAACCAAGUGCCCAUGCUCAUGGGACCCCCGUCUAGCAAAAAGUCCAAACUGUUCAAGAUAUUUAAGAAAUAAGAAUGUAGGCUGAGGGUCACAGAGUGCAAUGUGACUCACAGCUUGAGCAUACUGUGGUGUCUAAUGUUGCUCACACAGCACCAGACCGGCCACAGCACCAGACAAGCACUAAACACAACAAGCACUUGACUAAGGCCAGCCCCAAACCAGCACCAUACACAGACUGGCUUACCACUAAGGCAAGCUCGGGACCAGCUCCAGACUAGCACCAAAUCAGCCCCAGAUGAGCCUCAGACUAGUACCAGUCUAGCACCAGACCAGCCCUUGACCCAGUCUAGCACCAGACCCAGACUUGUACCAGAAGGGUCCUUGACCCAGACUAGCACCAGACCCAGACUCAGACCUAGACCUGAAUCGCAUAACCACAGCCACCCUGCCCUACAUCUUCUUACCUCAGCACCAAAAACGUCAGCUUCAGGAACAGUCUGUGAAACCACAUUGGCCAGCAUAACACGGAACAGGAACCCCAUUUUUUUUGCACAUUGAUGAUCCUAAGCCCAUACCAUCAGAGUCUUAAAUAGAAAUCUAUCUUUACUCUACCCAAAAACUGUCAUAUGAAAAUCUCAAUGUCUUUUUCCAUCUCCCUCAAGGACACCCUGGCUUUGGAUUUAAUCUAUGAGACCGGAGCUUGUAUCUUUAACCAGAAA